UUGUCCCAGUGCCUAACUGAUUACGCACUAAGCCAUAAAGACGUGUGGGGGAGUGGAGUAUAGAUUUACAUAUUCUUCACCUCAACAGUAGUUGAAGGUGCGUGGUGCGGGGAAAGAGCCCCCGUUGGAUAGGAGGCUGCAUGAUCAGAGCGCGCUGUGCUGGGAACCGAACCUCGGUCUUCCAGUCCGUCGCUGUACCGACUGAGCUAUCGCAGCCUAGGAAUUCAUGAAAUGACUGCUAUUGUUCGGUCGGGCCACUGAAGUAGAGAAUAAGGCUUCCUUGUCAGAAUUUUGUGCAUUGUGGAAAGAACCGAGUCUGCAUGUUCAGGAUUUAUCUGAGUUGUUUAUGGUAUUUGGCAUUUCAUGUGCAUGUGUGAGUUAAGGCGUCAUCAUAGCCUGCACUGUGUCUAAAUAUGGAUUGUGCAAAUGGGCUGGGUAUGUAACACGCAUAAUGUUUUCUUGAGCGGGGGUCAUUUAGGAGAUCUCGGUGUGCAGAUAAUAUUAAACUGAUUUCGUGUGGUGGGAGAGGGCGGUUGGGGGUUAGACGUUUAGACUGAACACCGGUGAAGGAACAAAGGAUGAGAGACAAGCACAUAUGUACGGGGUCCACACUUCAUUCGGCAUUGGGACGGGACGAGCCUGUUGAUUAGAGGAAAGUUUUGUGGCGUGUACUGGCCUACAUUUCGUCAUGACCCAUCAAGGCCGCCUCUAAUGAGUUGCCUACAUUGACGUCAUUGCGUUUGUUGAGCCGGGCAACACUGAGAUGGAGGCUGGAUCCAUGGGGCCCCCACGCACGCUAAUCCGUUUCCAGUGGAGGGGCGGCGGGCUGCGGCUGUAGCCUUCAGUAGCGAUCGGUUUGUGUACACUUAUGGUUACAUCCCGCUCCUGGCCUUGCUGUAGUCCUGUCCUACCGGAUCGCGGGUUGCCUCUUUGUGGGAACAAACAAAAAUAAUUACCAUGAGGCGCUUAUAGACUUGAAUUACACUUUCGAUAGUGAGGGUUCAAUUCCCUUUAACAAAAAUUUGUGUUUUUUCUUCUCAGUGAAUGUGCGCUGAUCAACCCUGGGGGCCACUUACACUCGUUUCCAUUGUGCACUGGGAUAGGAGGCACAAGCAGAGCACAGAAUUAGAACAUUGGGGAGCCACAGGAGAUGGCUAUGGGGGAAAGUGGGUCAGGCUCACGAGCCAGUUCUAUCCAGUUGACAUCAUCACAUUUUAUUUGCCAAGAAUUCAUUUAUAGCGUCACCUUUAUAUCUUGGUUUACCAAAUGACAACUUCCCUUAUGUCUAUUCAGUUUGUUGCUGCCCUUGCGUGCUACAUGCUACGCCUUCUAAGGUGACAGCCUCUGUUCUCAGAGAUAAUAGGUUUCACGAGUGUAAAAUGGCCGUGUAUAGAACGAAGUGAUAAUGGACAUUUGUAAGCAGAUGGAGAUGGAAAAUAAACACACGGAGAAACUUAAAUUUUACGGGCGUUUUACCGGUGUGAGUUAGUAGUAGUGGCGCGUAAGUAGUGCAGUUAAUGUCGCGGGACUCGAGCAAAUUUUUUAGGAGUUGAAGGGAAACGGUUAAAGGAAGUUCCAUCUUCGUGUGUUGGCAACAGUUAUGAAUUUUUCUGGUAAAGUUUCUGUGGGGACUGUCAGGUCGACAAACGUGACAAAGCAGCUGUUUGAGAGCGGGACAAUGUGAUGAGCAGUUGCCAAAGAGAGAAGUGAUCUCGCUGGCCACGGAUCGCGCCAGUCUGUGCCGAUCACGUGCCGAGUACCGUGCGGACCUUUCAGUAAACACUAGCCUGGCUGGCAGUGCAGAAGCCGACGGCCAAGCAGCUCUAAGUUUAUGUGCAGAGUGACGCCAUGACACUUGAGGGGCCAACGGAGGCGCAACUGAAACGCAUGCGCGAGGAGCUUCAAGAGGACCCAGAGGCUAUUAAGGAGGAUAUGAUUCGCUUCAGGGAGUGGCUGAGCAAGCAGCCUCACCUGCCACAUCACAUGGAGGAUGCGCGGCUGGAGCGCUUUCUAUACGGCUGCAAGCUGAGCUUGGAGCGGGCGAAGCGAGUGCUCGACACGUACUACAUGGUGCGAGCAACAGCGCCCGAAUUCUUCAGGGACAGGGACCCGCUCUCCGUGGACAUGCAGCUUUGCUUCCAGUCCAUACAUUACGUGCCACUACCGGUCCUGACACACCUAGGCUAUCGGCCGACACUCCUGCGCCUGGCUGACUGCGACGUCAACAGAUUCGAUGUACGAGUUUUAGCGACGCGCAUAGUGAUGUCACUGGACGCUCGUCUGUUGGAGGAGCGCUGCCUCAAUAACGUUAUGAUAAUAGACCUGGACGGCUACACUAUGGGACAUUACACCAAGGUGUCCCCCACACAGGCGCUUGUCCGCAAGGGGCUGCUCUGCAUACAGGACGCCUUUCCACUGCGACUGGCUCAGGUGCAUUUGCUGAACGCCCCAGUGUUCAUCAGCAACAUUAUGAACUUGUUUAGACCCUUUCUGAAGGAGAAGUUUUUCAGCAAGGUUUUCUUCCACUGUUCCGGCUACGAGUCCCUGUAUGAACAUGUCCCGCGAGAUGCGCUGCCCCGUGAGUACGGAGGCAAGCUGGACUCGAUACAGGAGCUGACGGAGCGCUGGAACCAGAAACUCGUGUCCCUUCGACCCUGGUUCCUGCAGGAGCAGCUGAUCAGCAUGUCGGACGAGUCACGACGCCCGCCCGGACAACGCAAGAGUACGGCGUCUGCGCUAGCGUUGGGGCCAGAAGUCCAUGGGACGUUCAGACAGCUGAGCAUUGACUGAAAGCGCUCGGUAGCUCAACAGUAACAACAAUAAUAAUGAUAAUAAUAAUAACAAUAACAGCA